AUCAUCGACAUCAUUGUUACAUCAUGGCUUUAUUAGUGAUCAGUGUUCACCCUCUUCUCAUAUGUAUGCUAAAAAUACUCUCAUGGAAAACAUAGACAGCUCAGAACUUUCACACCAAUCUCAAAACCAAAACAAGAAUCUUUCUUUGAUGGCUAUUGAAAUAGACAAGCCCUAUGAGAAGAGAGUGAUGAAGAUUCCAAAAGUAGGAAAAAAGAUUGAGAAAAAGUUUCUUGGGGUGAGACAAAGACCUUCAGGAAGGUGGAUUGCUGAGAUCAAGGAUUCCUCACAGAAACUAAGGCUUUGGUUAGGAACUUUUGACAAAGCAGAAGAAGCUGCCUUGGCUUAUGACUGUGCUGCAAGGCUUCUUAGAGGGAGAAAUGCCAAAACAAACUUUCCAAACCCUGGAAUCAUGAACACUCAUGAAGAAGACUACAGCAUUUUGGGCAAGAAUCCAAGGUCUUACCAACUUCUUAAGCAUGCAGUUAUGAAGAACCAUGCACUUUCAGCAUCUCUUUAUUCCACAUUCAUGCCCAGCUGGAAAAACCAGAUCAUGCUGAGAGAUGAACACGACACCCUUGUUGAGGAAACUAUAGUUUGUUCCAUUCCGGAACAAGGCUCUGCCUGCUGUGGAAUUUCUUUCGGAAGUUCUAAGGUUUAUUCUUCUGUUGUUGUAGCUCCUUCUUUCAGUGUUUCUUCUCAUGAUGAAACCCCCUAAGCCAGCAUGUCUUGCUGCAAUUAUUGCUUGCUAUGUCUUUCUUGACCUAUUUUACUUCAGAAACAGAUAUCUUGUUAUCUUCACUGCAUAUAUGAUAUCUGUUACAUGCAUGCUAUCACCAGAUGAUGAUGAUGAUGAUGAUGAUACACUCACCAUGUGAUGCAGUAAGUAUUAUUUUCUUGUUUUCAUAGAACUCUUCUUUUAAUAUCUUCCCUUCAAGAG